AAGGCUGGUGAAAUAGCUCAGGGGUAGAGUGCUUGCCUGGCAUGGUGCAAUCCUGGAUUCAAUCCCCAGUACCCAGUCCCCUGGCCACAAUAUUAAUAGAAAUGCAAGAUGAUGACUAUUCUAGGUCAGGAAGUACUUCAGAAAGAAUGCAAGAUUAAUGUAUAUGAAAAAAAGGGAACAGGUAUCACAGCAUUAAACCAGAUGACUCAACAAAGGACCUCAGAAGAGUCUAAGUCCCAGUAAAUUGCUUCCUUUACAAACUUGAGUAAUGCUGCUAAAUGUUUUCACUCACCCUCGUGAGAGGGGUUUAAACAUUUCCCAGCAACACCAAGUGGGGUUGGAGGAGAUGACAAUAGUAAGUCAUUCUAAGUAACAGAAAGGCCAGAAUUUAGGGAAAUGUCGCGCCACCGUGUUGCUGUGAGCAGAUUCCAGGGGCGGGCAGGGAAAGCCGCGGUUGCCUACACAUCCAUCUCCUGGUGCAAGUGGGUAUUUCCAGACCCCGUGGCAGGAUUACAAAGACGCCAGAGAACAAGCACACAGAGUCGCUAUGGAAACCAGAUGCUUCAGCUUGAGUUAUUUACAGAGAACUUCCAGGGUCGCCAACUGUGGGGUGCUUCUCUCUCGGGUGCAUCUCAGCCACGGGGUUGUUUUUAAGGGCUCUUCAUUUUGCUAUAGUUGAGUAAUUGCAUGAUGAGGAUUUUCAUAGCUUUUGAAGGAUCUUUUGAACCAUUUGAUGUUUCAGCAGAUGAAACGGUGGAAGCUAUCAAGCUGAUGAUAAAGGAUUAUUUCCACAUUCCUCUCUCAGAAGAUGAACAAGGCAAGCGGUACCUGGAGCUGAUGUAUGCAGGAGCUGCUUUAAGGAACAGCUGGAGUCUUGCUGAUGUUGGAAUAUCUUUCUGUUCGACUCUCAAAUGCUUCAUUAAGGAAGAAGACAAGCCCACGCUGUACGUGUUCAAUGCUGUGACCCAAGAGACCAUGCCAAUAAUGGAGAGUGUUUCCCUUCUUGGUAAAACAGUGUCUGACCUAAGGACCGAGGUGACUCUGAGAUGUGGCCUCCCUGUGAGCGUCUACUGUCUGCGGACCCCCACUGGCCUGGAGAUGUAUGAUCGCAACACCCUCCGGGACUACCAGACCCAUCUUGGUAUGGCCUCGGCGGUGGGCACAACACUACGUUUGGACGUCUGGGAUGGAUGGAAGGAGUUUCUCAUGGGCUGCCUCCUUGGGCAGAAACUCAAAGUACAACGCUAUUUAUCCAGAGAAGGACCAGUGCUCAAGUAUCAGCGGAGGGUCGCCCUGUACAUUGCAGCUUUCUAUGGCUACGCCGAGCUCACUGAGUGGGCCCUGAAGCAGGGUGCGCGGCCCCACGAGGCAGUAGGUGCCCACCCCUAUCGAGCAUGGUGCCACGAAGCCCUCCACGCAGAUGUCUCCAAGUGCCCCAUUCAUGCAGCUGCAGAAGCAGGCCAACUGCUGGUUCUGAAGACCUUUGUCCACUGCAGUGUCCUGUGCCUGGAAUGCAAAGACCCAGCAGGACAAACCCCCCUGGCCAUCGCGUCCAAACACAGGCAUAAAGACUGUGUGUUGUAUCUGCUGAAUAAAAUGUGGUCCACCGUCUCGUUUCUGAAGAUUUCUGUCCCAAUGAGGAUUUAUAUUAAGAUAAAACAAUGGAUCCUCAGAGCUCAGAGUCACAGCCUUCGCAGGAGCCAGCUGUGCAGAGCUGGGGUCCGUGGGGCGAAAGUUGGAGAUAUUGUGAUGGUGGAUGGUUUCACCCAACCCAAAAUGACCUCCAAGAGCUGGCAUAAGGCUGGGAACCAGGACUCACAAGGCAACUCCAGCAAGCUACCGCCUCUCAGAGGACACGCUACAAGCAGGAAGCCUGGAGACUCUGUGGCAGUUCCACAAAGGGAUGCGGGAGAUGGGCCCCUAGUAUUGCCUCCACUGGUAGAUGCGGAUGCAUUCUCUGAGUUACAUCAACAGCAGAGUCAGAUAAAAAUUACCUCCACAGCUUGGAGAAAAGAAGGGCGCAUGAAAAAUGCCUACCUCCCCCAAGUGCCCCUCCCCCCCUUUUUAAGAGCGGGGUGCUCGCACCCCUGUUACUCCACAGCGCGCAGUGAGGACGUUUUACUGAAGUCCUGCUUCGCAUCUUUCCAGCAGCACAGUGGGAGGACUCCCAGAGAGAACGCCAUCUACUGCUUGGCUGUGGCCAGUGCCUUUAAGGAGAAACGAUGGCUUCAGCAGCUAGGAAUAGCAAGAGCUCUUGCCAAAAAGAGCAUUUCCCACCUGACCACCCACAGAGGCCUGGCAGCCGAUGAGAACCCUCCAGAAAUGUUGCUUUGAAAAUUCAGGAUGACCUUAGUUUGGGCAAAGACCUAUUCCUGCAGAACUCCAGUUCUAACAUUAACAUUCCUAAGCUGUCAUCUCUCCAACAACCCAGUGCACGCCCACAGCUCUCGGGCCACACGAUUUCCAAAAGGACACCAAAUGCCAAGUGCCAUGAUCUCUUAGACUCCACUAUCCCAGGAGAAAAGGUAGGGCAUUGUUUUUUUAUAGAGAGUCAGAGGAAGAAUCUACAUGAACAUGAAAACAGUACUUGUCUAUAGGGUGUGGUAACAGCAAAGAUGAGAACCAAGGAUAAAACUUAGGAUUUUUACUUGUUUUCUGUUUCUUUGGAUCUGUUUCAAUGUUUUUAGAUUUUUUUUAAGUCACAUAAAUGUAGAACAUAAAACAGAGUAAAUAAAAUUUUUAAAAUUCUACAUAAGGAAGUCCUUAGGAGAGUUACAGAUACCAUCUAGGUUUAGCAUAGUGGUCCAGACAUCUUUUUUAACUUCUAUUAAAACAUUGUUUCAUAUUUUUUUAACAGGUACUAACUGCCUUUUUAAAAGAAAAUUGUAGAUAGACACGGUACCUUUAUUUAUUUAUUUUUAUAUGGUGCUGAGGAUUGAACCCAGUGCCUCUCGCAUGCUAGACAAGCACUCUACCACCGAGCCACAAACCCAGCCCCUAAUUUUUUAAAUUGAGGAAAAGUUAACAUACAAUGACUUGUGUGUCUUGUAAAUAUAAGAUUCAGUGGGUUUAACAAACAUACCUUUGUGGGAAGGUUCUCCCAGUCAAGAUAAAGAAUAGCAGUUACCCCCAGAGAAUUUCUUCAACCUCCCGAGUCAGGACCAGAAAGGAAUUCUGACUCUGUCUCCAGAGGUAAAGAUUUCCAGACCAUUCCAACCAUAUGGUUCCUCCCUUAUCUUUCCGGAUGACCUGACUGUCCCUGAUAUUUUGAGACUCAUUUAUACUGUUGCAGGCAUUAGAAGUCUAUUUCUUGUCUCUAAGUUGCCCUAUUGUAUGGAUGUGCCACAAUGUAUCCAUUCAACUAUUUGGACGUUUGAAUUGUCUCCAGUUUUGUGAUAUUAAGAAUAAAGCUCUUUGAACAUUAUUGUAAAAGUC